GGAGACGGAUUACGACACCGGGCAGCUGAGAUAUAUAAAGAGCCCCUUUUUGACCGCACUUGCACAUUCUUCAGUGACACUUCUGAACAUUCACACACCUCCACGGACUAAAUUGUACAGGAGACCCACAAAACAGCCAUUAUAGAGCCUAUAUCCUACUACAAGUGAGCAGGCUGUGCAUGCAUCAGAAAGAUAAUUAGUUCACUUUCAAUCCAAACAGCCUGUACCGAGAAACACUGGAACGCACUUUUCUUGCUUUUUUUGGGAGAAUUUAUUGCAAAGGCUUCAGCUGCAAAAAACCAGCAACUUUGGGCUGAGCGUGUUGGAUUAGACGCAUGUCACUGGUUCCCUGCCUUUGGUAGGAUAAGGCAAGGAACGGCGCACAUCCGAGACAGAGGAUAUAACAGGACCAAGGGAGUAAAACACAGCAGAGAAAUAACAGAAAAAGUUGCGUUGCCUGGUGUCCGCGCAUCGUCAUGCCGAGGUACAACUUCUUGCUGUGCUUGAUGGUGCUCAUCUCCUUGGGACAGUCGGGGAGCGACGAGCCCAAUCUGCUGCUGCCUCCUGCCAGCGAGACGCCCACGGAUGCCGGGCUGCCGCUGCUGGACGAGGACGCCGGUGCCCACGAGUGCUCCGCAUGCGUGUGGAGGGAGCAGAGCAAAGUGCUGAGGCUGGAGACCAUCAAGUCCCAGAUCCUGAGCAAGCUGCGUCUGAAGCAGGCGCCCAACAUCAGCCGUGAGGUGGUCAACCAGCUGCUGCCCAAGGCGCCUCCGCUCCAGCAGCUCCUGGACCACCACGACUUCCAGGGGGACGCGUCGUCCCAGGAUGAGUUUAUGGAGGAGGAUGAGUACCACGCCACCACGGAGUCCGUGAUCACCAUGGCCUCUGAGCCUGAGCCACUGGUGCAGGUGAACGGGAAGCCAAGCUGCUGCUUCUUCAAGUUCAGCCCCAAGCUGAUGUUCACCAAGGUGCUGAAGGCCCAGCUGUGGGUGUACCUGCGGCCCCUGCAGCAGACCUCCACCGUCUACCUGCAGAUCCUCCGACUGAAGCCCGUCACGGAGCAGGGCAGCCGCCACAUCCGCAUCCGCUCCCUGAAGAUAGAGCUCAACUCCAGAGUGGGGCACUGGCAGAGCAUUGACUUUAAGCAUGUGUUGCAGAACUGGUUCAAACAGCCACACACCAACUGGGGAAUCGACAUCAACGCCUUUGACGAGAGCGGCAAUGAUCUGGCAGUUACCUCGCUGAGACCCGGAGAGGAGGGACUGCAGCCGUUCCUGGAAGUAAAGGUUCUCGAGACGACCAAACGUUCUCGCAGAAAUCUCGGCCUGGACUGCGACGAGCACUCCACCGAGUCUCGCUGCUGUCGCUACCCUCUGACUGUGGAUUUCGAGGCGUUCGGCUGGGACUGGAUCAUUGCACCCAAACGCUACAAAGCCAACUACUGCUCCGGCCAAUGCGAGUACAUGUUCAUGCAGAAAUACCCACACACCCACCUGGUGCAGCACGCUAACCCCCGCGGCUCGGCAGGGCCCUGCUGUACCCCAACCAAGAUGUCCCCCAUUAACAUGCUCUACUUCAAUGACAAGCAGCAGAUCAUCCAUGGCAAGAUCCCAGGGAUGGUGGUGGAUAGAUGUGGCUGCUCUUAGGCUGCGGGGGGGAUGACACACACUUGUGUACAGUCACCAUUGCAUCGAACCACCCAAAACCCUUACGGAGCUCUCCCCUGGCACCAGAACCCACCCCUCAGCACCAGAUUUCACAAAAACAUCCUACUGGGUCUCCAUUUUUCUAGUAAUUAAAUUGAUUCUAACUGUAAAAAAAAAAAACAAAGUUAUAAAUGACAUGUGAAUUAAAAAGGGACUGAUUGAUGGAAAUACAGAACACGAUGAAUAAUUUAAAGAGGUUGAACUUGAGGAGCAGCUUCAGAAAAAUGGUAAAUGAGACAAAACUAAGUUAUAGAUUGUGUUAGUUUUGUUGAGGGGGGGGUUAAAGAGUUUGUUUGUUUGUUUGUUUGUUUGUUUGUUUGUUCGUGUGUGUUUCUUCAUGGCAUCUUUGUGAAAUGUCCAGGUUAGUGAGUUGAAAUGACACAGGAGACUUUACUUUUACAAUAUGAUUUUUAAAGCAGUUUUAGUCUGAA